CGAAGAAUUCACGGAAUAAACCACUUCAGACCACCAGUAAAGACUCAUCUUCAUUCGACUGACUGCUACAGUAACUAUUUUGAUUAUUUUUUUCCAUCAUACCGUAACUAAAUACAACAUUGCGUUCAUCAUUAUAGUAGGCUGAGACGAGGAUUACAUCCUAAAACGAAAAUAAAACACAAUUUUUAGAAUCCCCGUUUAAUUUGUAGACGGGGAGGGAUAAACAGCUGAUGCCAGACUUCCGGUUCUUGAUGUUGGGGCGCCAUUUUGUUGUCUGCAGUCAAGCUCUCUUUGAUUAGGACGCGCUAGCAGCGUUAGCUUGUGCUGAGAGGACGGCGGUGUUUCGUUGGGACGUUCGUGAGGUUUCUACAGUGAUGUAGCGAUAUGUGGUUCGGUUCCGAACAAUCCUCUUUAGCUAAAGUGUCGUAAAUGAGUGAAUGCGUGUUGAACGUAAAGACAACGUGGCUGUGAUUGUGAGACUAGCAGAUGAUCGGAGCUGCUGCUGUUCAGAGGACUUUGGUGUUUGUUGGAGCUGAAGAUCUUCUGCAGCUGCAGGAACCAUGUCUUCAGAACCUCAGGAAGAUUCUGACAGAGAACAACUUUCUGCUGCUGAAGGAACCAUCGUCCAGAACCAGGAGGAGCUCUGUGGUCAGAGCAGAAUGGUGGAUUCCAGCUGGAACCCGCAGCUUCAGCUCCACAUUACAGUGCUCCCCCAGAAUUGGAUGACUGAAGAGGAGGAUUCCUGCAACCAGCAAAGGAACUUCAGAGUAGAACGAGGACCUGCACAUUUCAAGGAGGAACCGGAGGAUCCAGAACCUCCACAUUUUAAAGACGAGCCAGAGGAUCCAGAACCUCCGGGUUUUAAAGAGGAGCCAGAUGAUCCAGAACUUCUGCAUUUUAAAGAGGAGUAUGAGGAACAAGACAUUCCACAUUAUAAAGAGGAGCAGGAAGAACAAGAAUCUCCACAGAUUGGAGAGGAACAAGGGGUACCUGGACCUUCACAGAUUAAAGAGGAGCCAGAGGAGUUCUUAGUCGGUCAGUAUGAGGAGCAGCUUAAUCUGAAACAGGAGCCUGAUGCCUUGCUGGAGAUUACUACUUUUGAGGAAAAUGAGAACAGUGAAGCAGAUCUAAACAAUCAACAUAGCUUAGAUGAAAAUGAUAGUCGAGAUGAAGAACGAAGCCAGCAUGAACAAUCAUCAUCAACUACAGAUGAAGAAACAGAUCCACAGGACAGAGAUCAGAGGAAGAAAACUCUCUCUGACUACAUGGGUACUGGGUCUGAUGAGAGGUGUUAUAUCUGUAAAGAAUGUGGUAAAAGCUUUUCGGACAUGUCUCAUUUCCGAAUUCACAUAAGAAUCCAUGCAGAAGAAAAGCGAUUUUCUUGUAAAGAAUGCGACAAAAGCUUUAGUCGUUUAUCCCAUCUCAAAUCUCACAUGAGAACUCACACAGGAGAAAAGCCUUUUGCUUGUAAAGAAUGUGAAAAUUUCUUUAGCAAUAUAUCUCAUCUUAAAACACACAUGAGAACUCAUACAGGUGAAAAGCCUUUUUCCUGUAAAGAAUGUAAUACAAGUUUUAGUCACACAUCUAGUCUCAAAAGGCACAUGAGAACUCACACAGGUGAAAAGCCCUUUUUUUGUAAAGAAUGUGAAAAAAGCUUUAGUCAAAUAUGUAAUCUCAAAACACACAUGAGAACUCACACAGGAGAAAGGCCUUUUUCUUGUAAUGAAUGUAAAAAAAGUUUUAAUCAAAUAUCCUCUCUCAAAACACACAUGAAAACUCACAGAGGAGAGAAGCCUUUGUCUCAGAAAUAAUGUGAUACAAGUUUUAGUCAGUAUGUAGUUUCAACAGAUACAUGAGAACUCAAACUAAUGAAGUAUUUUUUGUCAAACAAUGUUACUAAGGUCUUAAUGUGCUAAUGAAACCUAUAGCAACCUGAGCUGUCAUUGCAUGUACACUGAGCCAAAAGCUGAUGCCCUUUUUACCACAUUAUGCAGUUACUUGUAUUGAAUAUAUGGAAAAAAAGAUUUCUAAAGACUUUGAUUGUUUUGAUGACAUUCUAACUUUCUAUUGCAGUGUAUUUUAGGUUUUCAUCCUCUCUAUGCCACAGUUAUCAAAAGCAAAAAAUAAACAAUACGUUUCAAUAUAUGUGUAAAGAUACUAGAGAGUGAGUUUUACUGAUUUUGCAUGUUCUUGUGGUCUGUGUAUUCUAGUAGAAGUGUUUCUCUGUUCUUUUUAGUCGUCAGUGUUCUGUUUCAAUCUUUCCUGUGAAGAAUAAAGUGGAUGUGAACAUCAGUCA